UCGAGGUUUCGAGUCGAGUUCGCGACAAUCCAAGCGCCAGACGCUCCAGCUUUCAGUCAGUGACCAAAAGUGUGGUAUAGAAAUUGCGUUUUUUCUUGUGUCUCUUGCGAAAAAUUUCCAAAAUUACCUCAGCCAAAGUCCAGAAAGGACCACUACCACUUAGAGAAGGGAAAAUAUUUCAUAUCUGCAAACAGAAAUUGCAAAAAACCGAACGAUAAUCCCUUGGUUGUUGUCUGAAUUUUCGACUUGGGUUCUUGGACUGUAGCUGAACUUUGCAGACCUUUUGGGUAUAAAAAACCCAUCAAUUCCAUUCAGAAAUCAAGAAAACGAAAUACGAAACAUUGCCAGACGGACGUGUCUAGAUCGGUCGAUCAUCGGCAAUAGCUAUAUACUAGAGGUUGAAAUCCCAAUCGUUGUAGAAUCGACAGACACUACGUUCGGUCUCUUAUAUAUGGCGACGAGCGGCUGCUGCGCAUUUGUACUCGCAUUUGACUUAAAAAACAACAGAAUUGGCAGUGUUUCCAUUACCAGAGAGAGUAAAACUGUACCAGAGGCCACAGAGCUGUAUCAACUGUGCCAGAGCUGACAGUGGAAAAGUAUACAGUUAAACCAAAAGGAAUAUCAGAUCUGAUCAGCUUCUUCAGGAGGAGAGUUUAAAAAGGUUCAAAGAAUCUGUACAAUAACUUGGAUACUUCCAAUCCACGAUUCAAAAGUAUUCCCAAAAUGAAAGCCAACAGCCAACUGAGGAUAACCGUGUGGCUCUGUGUGAUCCUGACAAUGAUCCAGGACCAACCAAUCGAGGCACGCUCCCGUGAUCUCUGCACGGUGCAGCCCAGCACGAAUGGACUCUGUGUGCCGAGCACUUUGGGAAUCUAUUUUGAUGUGGAAACGCAGCAUUGCCGAUUUUUGGGCUGCGGCAACAAGCGGCUCUUCGCCACUCUCGAGGACUGCGAGAAGAUAUGCAACAGCAUAAAACAUGUUAAGUGGCGCAGUCGAUCUGGUGGCAAUGAAACCACAAAAUGAAUAUACGUUAAGGAUUUUUUGUUUGAAACAA